AUGACGCUGGUAUUGCUCCCAGUGCUGGCCGGCCUCGCCUCGGCCCUCCGUCUCGAGGAGCCGAUCGUAAUACAGCGGCCGUUAGAGAAGGUUGAAUGGGGCGACGUCCUCCUUGAAUAUGACGCUACGCAACCGCCUCCCGGCAACGUUACGGUUACGGUAGAUCUGCGCGUCUUCCAUCACUCUCGACUCUCCUCGGAAACGCUGAAAAUCUACAUGGAGCUGUCGGAGGAGUGGCAGGAUGGGCGACUUAUCUUUCAGCACAAUCCGGCGACGGUUACGCUACCCCGCGGCGUCGAAAUCUGGCGUCCUGAGACCUGGAUACGAGACGGAAUGGAGGAUAGAACGGAGCGGGAGACGCUACGGAUACAUCCUAGGGACGGUACAGUAACCCACAGAAGUAUCAGGACGGUCGAGAUACCUCGUAGAGGUGGAGAGAAAGAGAACUGCCCGCUCGUUUUCUCCUCCUUCACCGACGUCUCCAGCCGGGUCGACUACGCGAUGCGCCGCGUUGACGCUCCGCACCUGAAUUCUACCGUAACCCCGUCAGGAGUCGUAUUUUCUCUCGGGUUACUG